AUGAUGUCCAAAAGUCAAAAAGCGACAAGCAUUAUUUCUUCGCUGCGCAGGCCGCAUGCGAUACGGUCUUUAGGACCAGUUUUGGCCAAGUCUGCAACUAACAGCUUCCACACUUCGGCUGCCACACAAACAGAUGGCGUCUUUCAUGGAUUGGAAGACAAGAGGCAGCCAAUGCCCUGGAUAGAGGCUUUCACUCGUCAACAACAGGGCCUACCGGCCCAUGAUAACAGCGACACUGCUAAUGAACGCGACCUUACGCCGAAGAAGAUGAGCGACAGCUACCACCGCGUUGUGCUUCCUCUCAAGAAGGAUCCUUGGCUGUCGGAUACAUACGUUAACUCUUCCGGCCACAUCAGACUUGGAACUCUGUUCAUGGAUCUUGACGCCCUCUCUGGCAUCAUCGUUUACAAGCAUACCGGUCCUGGCGUUACCACAGUGACCGCCGCCCUGGAUCGUAUCACCAUAGCACAUCCUCUCACUGAGAUUUGUGACCUUGAAUACAGCGGCCAAGUCACAUAUGCCUCCGGCCGAAGUAGUGUUGAGAUUACCUGCAAAGUCGCAAAGGCAAGAGAGGAAGGCGAGCCAAGCAAGCCCGAGGAUGUCCUCCUUACCUGUACCUUCACCAUGGUAGCUCUGGAUCCUAACACGAGAAAACCCGUCGCCAUCCCCAAACUUGAGCCCACCAACGAGGAGGAGGAGAAGAUUUUCAAGGCCGGCGAGCAGAAGUCGCUUGCGAAGAAGGAUAUAUCCAAGGUUUCGCUUCUCCAGACUGAACCAAACGAUGCUGAAUCCGCCCUGAUCCAUCAAAUCUGGCUGCGACAACUUGCAUACCACGACCCAAACAACCAACUUCGUCAGCCUUCCAACGUUGUCGCCAUGUCCAAGACCCAAGUGUCGACUGCAAAUAUUAUGCAGCCGCAGUUCAGAAACCGUCACCAGACAAUGAUCUUUGGCGGUUUCCAUUUGAAGCAAACAUUCGAGCUUGCUUUCUGCUGUGCUGCCAGUUUCGCUCACGCCCGCCCAACCUUCAUCAGCGCAGAUCCUUGUACGUUCCGUAAUCCCGUUCCUGUCGGAAGUGUCCUGUACUUGACCGCAACGGUUGCGUACACCGAUCCUCCGCUACUGGAGGAGGAUGGCACCGAGCCUGGCUUUCCGGAUCCGAAGAAUCCUAUGACUCGGGUGCACAUCCGCGUUGACAGCAAGGUCCGUGAUGUUGAGCAUGGUGUUGCGAAGCCGACGGGUCAAUUCAACUAUACCUUUUCUGUCCCGAAAAACUUGAAGGUUCUGCCGCAUACGUAUGAGGAGUACAUGGUGUAUAUUGAUGCCAGGAGACGUGUUUCGCUGGGUGAUAGUCAGCGAAAGGAGGAGUCCAAGGCCUUUUCCGAAAAGAGACCCGAGGCCUCGGGAGAUGUUAAUUUAGUAGGCUAA